GAAUUUUUUUUAAUUAGAAAAUAUACACCAGAAUUGGGGUCUGAAUAUUUCAUAAAAACAAAUUAGUUGUUAACGAAUUUCGAAGGAAUCAAGGUGUAAUAGCGGCGGAAAGAUCAACGUGAAAAAAAAAACACAUUUAAUGAUUUCUACUAUACAAGACAAAUCAACGAUAGAAAAUAUUUGAAAAUCAACAAAAGAAAAAAAGGUGUUAAAUUUUUUAAUAAAAAUUAAAUAAAAAUUUUUCAAAAUGAUUGAACACACAGAGAGACGUGGCAAGAGCCGACCCCAAAUCUAUGCAACAAUACCAGGUGGUGUUAUUUUCUUCUCUGCCGGCAUGAAUCUGGCCAUCAGUGUGGGUUGGGCCAAAUUCGGUAUGAUGGGUACGACAAAGCAUUUUUGCAAUUCCUGGCUGAUUGGAGUAAUUGCUGGAACAAUAUUGUCCACGAUGUUGAGAAAAUUCCUGAGUAAAAAGGUGCUAUGGAUAAUCUCCUCCGUUUUGAUUUUCACCUGCGGUCUCAUCUUCACCGCUGUUCCCGAUACCUAUGAUGCCCUAUUGGCCGGACGUUAUCUCAGCGGCAUUGGUGUGGGUCUGGCAAUUGUGUCCUUCAUAAUGCACGCCAGUGAAAUUGCUGUGAAAAAGCAUCGUGGUCGCUGUUUGGUGGUGGAACAAUUCUCCAUGUCUCUGGGAAUUGCUGUUCAAAUGAUCUACACCUCGAACUGGAAUGCCGAAUGGGAAUUUUCAACAUAUCGUAUGCAUGGGAUUUUGGAAAUCGUAUUGGCUUUCCUGGGUGUGGCGGCUUUAAUACUUUUCAUAGAAUCGCCCAUUGAUCAAAUACGUUGGGGUAAUGAUCAUGCUGCCCUUACAUGCUACUCUAAGCUAAGGCUCAUUGAUCACCAUUCGAAGGAGGCCUAUGAUCUCCUCAGCCUGGGCAAGGUGUAUGUGAGUGAGGAGGAGAGUUUAUCGUUUGUGGAAAACCUGAAACGAGGUCUCUUGCCCUUGGUGAAAAUGUUGAUGUUCCGCAGUGUUGUGGUGGCCUUGUGUUUCUCAUUGCCUUUUAGUGCGGCCUUCCAAUAUAGCUCGGAAAAAAAUGAUACUGAAUGGGUGGCAACAGUGGCUGCCUGUGGACGGUUGUUGGGUGCAAUUUGUGUCAUAUAUUUGGUGGAUUCGGUGGGUCGCAAAACAACCUCGCUGCUAACCAUGUUUAUUGCCGGUGGCAUGCUAAUCGGUUUGGGCCCACUGUUCAGUAGCCUGAGCAGCACCGAGGAUACCUCGAAUAUGGCCACAGCCACUUAUCUUUGUACGUGUAUGCAAUUUGCUGUGGGUUAUUUUACACCCUUCACAUCCGUCUAUUUGGGCGAGGCAUUUCCACUGCUGAUGAAACCCUAUUUCAUUGCCCUCUGUGUCAUUGCCGAACAAUUGGUGCACAUUGUUUUGAUUAGCACCAUUUCGGUGGAUUUAAGUCUCAUGGAUCAUGGCAUCAUUAUUGCAGUGAUAUUUUUCAUCAGCUGCUUCACAAUGCCCGAAACAAAGAACACCACUUUGCAGGAGGCGCAAAGGAGAUUCAGACGGUGGUUUAAUAUAGGCAAAAAUUAUUAGGGGCAAGGCAGUUUUUAAGGAUUAUUUUAAGUUUUAGUAUUUAAGUAUUUAACAAUCGUUGUAGUUUA